GUUCAAAAUGAGUUGGUCUCGGGUGCAGUUUGACAGGGAAGAGAUUGUAGCCUGUGAAAAUAUUGGCACUUUAGACAUCACAGUCUCCAGAUCUGGCAACCUUGAUCAGUCCAGCUUUGUCGGGGUCAGCAUUAGAGAAAUGUCAGCAAAGAAGGGGGUAGACUUCGUUGCAAGCACAUCUAAACAGGUUCAGUUCAACCCUGGUGAGGCCCGUGCAACAUGGCAAUUGACUAUAGUAGAUGAAGGUGUUUUAGAGCCAAACAAAAAACUUCGCCUGACAUUGAUAGAUCCAGUCAACACAAUUCUCGGAGACAACCGAAAGCUCAGAGUUGUAAUCAUUAAUGCAGAAAAUG